AUGGCCUCCGUCAUCCCUACAAGUGAAUUCUAUCAAGCUCUCAACGGGAUCUGGAGGCGCUGGGCAGGGCAUCAAAGGAAGGAUGGGUUUCCCAGUAGAGUUGCGCUUGCUGUUAGCGGCGGGCCGGAUUCCAUGGCCUUGGCCCAUCUGUGCAGGAAGUUGACAGUAGAAGGAUACAUACCAGAUUUAAAAGUGAUAGCAUUAAUAGUCGAUCAUAAGUCUCGGAAGGGAAGCGCUGACGAAGCACUCAGAGUUGCAGGAUGGAUCCAGGAAAUGGGACUUACGCCUGAAAUUCUUACUCUGAAGUGGCCUGCAGAAGCAAAAGAUCCCUCAAAGCUAUCAAAUUUUGAGACUCUGGCCAGGAAGCUUCGAUAUCAAGCUCUUGGGACCGCCUGCACGUCAGCCAAUAUCCAAACAUUGUUACUGGGGCACCAUAGGGAUGAUAACAUCGAAACCGGCUUACUUCGUUUAUCCCAAGGCCACAGACGAUUUGGACUUGCGGGUUUCGACUGUAUCUCGCCCAUCCCCGAAUGCCACGGGUUAUGGGGUGUAUCGCAUAGCGGUGAUAUUUCCAGCUUGGAGACCAUCCUCACUAGUCGAACUCCAGAGUCUAAAGCGAAACCGUCAAACUUAGCCGAACACCUGGAUAUCACAGGAGUUUCUCCCCAGCUUAACAUUGCGCACUUUACAGCGUCUGGUGGUGUUUACUUGCUCCGUCCAUUCCGUGCAUUUCCAAAAGCACGAUUAGAAGCUACUUGCCGUAAUGCUAUGGUCCCGUUCGUUGUGGAUCCGACCAAUGCGGAUCAUACACUUACCGUCCGAAAUACGGUCCGUAAAUUGCUAGCAUCUGAUGACUUGCCUCGGGCGCUACAAAGCCCUCCAAUUCUAGCUCUGAUGGACAGGACUCAAAGAAUCAAAGAACGCCUGCAGGAGCUGGUUGACGGUUUGGUGAAGCUAAUCAAAGUUGUUAAUUUUGACUUUCGAACCGGAACAUUACUUCUCAGGCUACCCUCUGCUAAGGAUCUCAAGGGUCUAGAAAGCGCUUAUAAUGAUGAUAGUCGCGGCUAUCCAUACGUUGAUUCCCUGGAGGUACGGUUAAAAGCCUUACGAGCAUUAAUCGAGUUGGUAGCCGCCGGCUCAAACGUGCAGAUUUCGCAGGACGGCCUUCUCAGGGCUGCUCAGAUGAUAUGGCCGGAGUCACCCGAGGAUACAUCGUCUCCAGAUGUAUUCACACUCGGUGGCGUUCAGUUUCAGCCGCAACAACGUAAAGAGCCAUGGGGAAAGGGGUCCUAUCUGUAUAAUUUUAAGCGUCGACGCCAGGCUGCCCGUACACCCUCCUUUAAUAUACCCGACCAGGGUUUUACGGAUGAGACUGUAACAGAUAAUGAAGCCAAUACUACGGAUACAAAUAUUUGGCUACUUUCACGAGAGUCGUUCCGCCGGUCUUUACCUAUAACUACUACGGAUUUUGGAAUACUUCUUCCAGACCACAUUUCCCAGCUGUCAGCAGACAAAACAAAGAGCGAGUGGACAGAAUGGAAACUCUGGGAUGGUCGAUAUUGGGUCCGGCUUCGGGCCACCAGACAAAUGAAACCAAUAAACCUCAGAAAGGGUGCUACUCCCAGGACUCGCAUCUACAGCUUGGGCGACACCAUCCCAAUCAAAAUGAGACCCUUGACCCAUGAUGACAUUACCAGACUUCGGCGAGCAGAACUUAAAAACCGAUAUUAUAGACGCCAGUAUUCAUGGAAGUUGACAGACCAGGAUCUACGCCACAGCCCAUGGGGCAACGGCGCCAAAUUCCCAUGGGAAAGAAAGGCGUUUGAUAUCCUUCUGGCAUGUUUUGCCCCAGGAGAUAUUCGAACAACGAUUCCAGCCCUACAACAUUCGGAUUAUAAAUCAGCAAAACCAGAAACGAUAUGCCAUCCCCCUGAAACAAGCGCAACAAUCAGCAAAAAAGAGGUGGCCAAAACAAUCGCCCACUUCCCAAACAGCAAUGAAGUCGACGGAACAAAAGAAGACGAGGAGAAAUACGGCAACGGACAGUACGAAGAAGAUGAUUACUACGAUAUCAACGAUACAGAGGAGCUUGUUGGCAUUCCAACUUUCAACCGCCGCACAAGCAAAAAGAUAUGGGUUCGCUUGCCACCAGAAACCGCCCAAGGACUCUUGAAAGCGGCAACACCAUCGAACACAAUAAACGUGAUUGCACAUGGUAACGAGGAAAAAGAUUCUGAAGUUGAGUUUAUUUGCCCUUGGAUCAUCGAAUGGGAAAUCUUAUACAAGCACGUCGAUCCAAUGAUGAUUCGAAACCUAAGUUGGGAAUAG